AUGAACAAAUACGGAGAAGUAACCAAAAGGUCACCUUCUGCUGGAGCAUAUGAGACUUGCUAUGACGUUUGGAAUAAAGCAAAGUCUCUAUACACCAAUGAUGUACAAAGACUUUAUUUACUGAUUUCGAAUAUACUUAAUUUUCGUGGAACUGCUGAUAUGAGUAUGCCUGAAUAUUUAGGUCGGAUUGAAGCGUUACAACAAGAAUACAAUAACCUGAUGCCACAUGAGAAGACUGUUGAUGGUUACAUUAAGCAAUGUGACAAGUUUUUCAUGGUGCUUGCUCUGGUUGCCCUUCGUCCUGAUCUUGCUCAUGUUCAUGAUCAAAUUCUAGCAAGUCCUACUGUACCUACCUUGAAUGAAACUGCUGCUAGACUGCUCAGAGUUGCAUCUGCUCAUUCAAUUGAGUCUAUAGGAGAUUCAUCCGUUUUGGCAUCUCGAGCUACAGAUAAAGGGCUUUCUGGACAUAUUAGUAGUAAUGGUGGUUGUCGUGGUACCCGUUCUCGAUGUGAGUAUUGCAACAAGGUAGGUCACACCAAGGAUCGCUGCUGGAAGUUACAUGGAAAACCUCCACGUUCUGUUAAUAUGGUGCAGGCCACUGGUUCGGAGGCUCAGGCUCAUAGUAUGAGUUUCACCCCUAGUGACUAUGAAGAGUACCUCCAGUUUAAAGCAUCUAGAGAUGUCACUCCCACACCUUCUCCCAAUACUGGUACCUCCUCUCUUGUUUGUCUCUCUCACACUAGUACACCUACCUCCUCUCUUGUUUGUCUCUCUCACACUAGUACACCUAGUACUUGGAUACUGGACUCAGGUGGCUCAGAUCACAUUUUUGUUGAUGUCUCUCUUAUGACUAAUGUUUCUAAGUCUAAAACAUUACCCAUGGAUCGUAGUACGAGGAAGGUGAUUGGCACCGGGCUUGAGUCACAGAGUCUCUAUUACCUGCGUGGUGGUGUUGCUGCCUCUCUGCGUCCACAGAUUCUCCUAUGCUUAUUCAUAGUCGAUGUUGUUGUUCGGGUUCUAAGGUACAUCAAAAGAGUACCAAUGCAAGGUUUACUCUAUGAGGAUAGAGGACAUGCUCAAGUUGUUGGGUAUUCUGAUGCAGACUGGGCUGGUUGUCCUUUUGACAGACGCUCUACUUUAGGUUAUUGUGUUAUCAUUGGUGGUAAUCUUAUAUUUGGGAAAAGUGAGAAGCAAGAUGUUGUUGCCAGAUCCAGUGUUGAAACUGAAUACCGUGCCAUGGCUCUUGCCACGUCUAAGUUUAUGUGGCUGAAGCACUUGCUUCAAGAGUUAUAG